ACUAAGAUCAGUUUCAACAAACAAGCUAGCAUCAUAUCACUCAAGAGUAGUAACAAUCAAUAUCAUCAAUUUUCAUCCAUGGCUCAUCCCCAUCCUAUUUCAGGUCUAGUUGGGAAACUAGUGACUGAAUUGGAGGUUAACUGCGACGCUGACAAGUAUUACAAAAUUUUUAAGCACCAUGAAGAUGUUCCAAAAGCAGUACCUCAUAUGUACACUAGCGUCAAAGUUGUCGAGGGACAUGGAAUUACUUCUGGUUGUGUCAAGGAAUGGGGUUAUCUUCAUGAGGGAAAAGAACUGAUUGUCAAGGAAACAACAACAUACACUGAUGAAACAAGGACGAUACAUCAUAGCGCAGUAGGAGGACACGUGACGAAGAUUUACAAGAAGUUUGAUGCAACGCUUGUAGUCAAUCCAAAGCCUAGUGGCCAUGGAAGCAUGGUGAGUUGGACUAUUGAUUAUGAGAAAAUUAACGAGGAUUCUCCCGUUCCUAUUCCAUAUCUAGCUCUCUUCCAUAAGCUCAUCGAGGACUUGAACUCUCACCUCUGCGCUUCUGAUUAAAGAAAUUAUUGAUUUAUUGUUAUCGAUGGACAAUUUCAGCUGUUGGUUUGUGUGUCUUAAUAAUGCAGUACGUAUAUAUAUGUACUGCACAGAUGCAUCGAGUGCUUUUGGUUAUUGAGGGCCGGCAUAUAAAUAAAGCCACUCCUACUCAAGUAUUUUCAUUUUUUGUGUGUGAACUGUUUGUAGCUAUUCGUAUAUCAAGUAUUUUAAGAGUGCAAAUCAUAUAAGAAAAAGAUUCAGAAUCUGAUAGUACUAAGUAAAA